AAACUACUAUUUCUUAUUUGCUUAUUUUUUUUCUUCUUAUUUCUUCUUCUCUUCCAUUUAUAAUAUCAAUAUAACUUUCUUUAAUUAAAUGAAUAGUAUUAAAGCUGAUCAAAUUAUUGAGUUGGAUCCAUCACUCAUUAAGGCCCCUUGUGAACAACUUCGAAAGUCAUUCCGAUAUCAAUAUAAAUAUAUCGAAAAAGAACUAACCAUCAUUCAAGACCAAAUCGACAUUUGUCUUAAAGAUAAUAGUUUAUCUCCUGAAAAGGCAUCUCAGACUAUCGAUGAGUUAUUAAAACAUGUAGAUAAAUUAACUCGCAAAUUAGAAAAACUAAAGGAUGACGAAUUGGAACAUUCCAAAAGGAUGGAAAAAAGAAUUCAAUAUUUAAGUGAAAUUGAAAAUGUGACAACACCAAAAUCACCAGAAUUUAUAUCAUGGAGUAAAACAAGACUAGAUAGAAUAGUUGUUGAUUAUUUACUAAGACAAAAUAUGCCAAAUACUGCAAAAAGCGUUGCAAAGGAAAGUGGAAUAGAGGAUUUAGUGGACAUUCAACUAUUCACUCAGUCAGAAAAAAUUGAAAAAGCGUUAAGAAAUCGCAGUUGUAAAGAAUGUUUAUCUUGGUGCAAUGAGAAUAAAUCCACCUUAAGGAAGAUAAAAAGUAAACUGGAAUUUAAUUUAAGAUUGCAAGAACAUAUUGAGUUAGCAAGAUCAAAUAAGGGCUUAGAGGCGAUUACUUAUGCUCAAAAAUAUUUAGCACCAUGGAAGACAACUGAAUAUAAAAGGAUUGGACAAGCAAUGGGAUUAUUAGCUUAUAAAAGCGAUACUGAAUGCCAGCCAUAUAAGGAUCUUUAUGAUCCCAAUCGUUGGCAAGAAUUAAUUGAACAAUUUAGAACAGAUUAUUAUGCUUUAUGUUUACUUACUCAUCAUCCUCUACUAUCAAUUACUUUACAAGCUGGAUUAUCAGCCUUAAAGACACCUCAAUGUUAUGAGCAUGAGAAUCAAAAUGUGAACUGUCCCAUUUGUGAUAACCAGACUUUAGGUAGUUUAGCAGAGAAACUACCUUUGAGUCAUCAUGUAAAUUCGACAAUUGUCUGUCGUAUUAGUGGCAAAAUAAUGAACGAAGAUAACCCACCUAUGCUCUUACCAAACGGAAGAGUCUAUAGUUUUGAUGCAUUACAAGAUAUGGCAAUGAAAUUUGAUGGUAAAAUUAUAUGUCCUAGAACUGGCGAUGUAUAUACAAUGCAAGAUCUUAAAAAGGUCUUUAUUUCGUAGAAAAAAAAAA